AGCGAGCGAGCGCCAGGUCCCGGCAGGGACUCACUUGGAGCUGGCGUACUUGGUGACCGCCUUGGUGCCCUCGGACACGGCGUGCUUGGCCAGCUCGCCGGGCAGCAGCAGGCGCAUGGCCGUCUGGAUCUCCGGGACGUGAUGGUGGAGCGCUUGUUGUGCGCCAGGCGGGACGCCUCUCCCGCGAUGCGCUCGAAGAUGUCGUUGAGGAAGGAGUUCAUGAUGCCCAUGGCCUUGCACCAGAUGCCGGUGUCGGGGUGGACCUGCUUCAGCACCUUGUACACGUAGAUGGAGUAGCUCUCCUUGCGGCUACGCUUGCGCUUCUUGCCGUCUUUCUUCUGGGCUUUGGUGACGGCUUUCUUGGAGCCCUUCUUGGGAGCCGGCGCGAACUUUGCAGGCUCAGGCAUGGCCAGACCCAAGACCGACACCGACCCCCGAGAACGCAAGCAGAGCGGUAGGCUCGGGGUCUACCGGAAACGACUGUUACAGAGGCUGUGCGCAUGACGCUGCGUUAUGGUUCGCGAGUUUUCCGGGGCGCGCAAUGCGAGGGAGACGAGAUUAUGUAAAUGAGCGGAUUCUGGCUGAGCUAUCCUAUUGGCUAUCGGGACAAAAUUUGCUUGAGCCAAUCAAAGUGCUCCGUGGACAAUCGCCGUUCUGUCUAUAAAAAGGUGAAGCAGCGGCGAUUUCGGCGACUUUCCCGGUCGCCAGGCAGGAGUUUCUCUCGGUGACUACUAUCGCUGGCAUGUCUGGUCGUGGCAAGCAAGGAGGCAAGGCCCGCGCCAAGGCCAAGUCGCGCUCGUCCCGCGCUGGCCUUCAGUUUCCGGUAGGGCGAGUGCAUCGCUUGCUGCGCAAAGGCAAUUACGCGGAGCGAGUGGGGGCCGGCGCGCCCGUCUACAUGGCUGCGGUCCUCGAGUAUCUGACCGCUGAGAUCCUGGAGCUGGCGGGCAACGCGGCUCGGGACAACAAGAAGACGCGCAUCAUCCCUCGUCACCUCCAGCUGGCCAUCCGCAACGACGAGGAACUGAACAAGCUGCUGGGCAAAGUCACCAUCGCCCAGGGCGGCGUCUUGCCUAACAUCCAGGCCGUACUGCUCCCUAAGAAGACGGAGAGUCACCACAAGGCAAAGGGCAAGUGAGGCUGACGUCCGGCCCAAGUGGGCCCAGCCCGGCCCGCGUCUCGAAGGGGCACCUGUGAACUCAAAAGGCUCUUUUCAGAGCCACCCACGUUUUCAAAUAAAAGAGUUGUUAAUGCUG